AUGACGACUACCGUUCCCCGUCUCUACCCAGCGGACGUGGUCCACCGCAAGCAAGGCAUAGUUGAAGAAGAGCAUAAGGUCGGAAUGGUGGCGCGAUGCUAUCAAGAUGAGAUCCAUGUCACCCCCAACACCUUCCCUCAAACCGGUCUGGACCGAGACCUUAAGGAAGACGAAUAUGGUGUACUCUGGUAUCCUUCGGGAGAGAGGGAGAUCGUCUCCUCCAACGACCUGAUCCUCAUCGACCGAGUCUUCUCCAUUGGCUCCACUUGUAAACGCUCGCUCUCAGAUGCCUGCUCUGGCGUAGUCGUUGGAACCAAAAACACGCUCAAACUGCAGCACCUCUUCAGCAGAGAAGAAAUCGAACAACCCGUUCCAGCCGAAGACGUCGUCAAGGGCAACUAUCUCAAUCACGGCGAUCUUGUCAUUGCUGACGAUUGGAUUGGUGAGAUCGAUGGCUUGGUCGAAGAAGCUCUCAUUGGUAACCCAGACAAUGACCGCUUGAUUCGUGUCUGUGAGAUGGGAGGCCGCCUCUUGUUGGGACGCAUCCCCAAGGAGCACAUGCGCGAGAGCGAGAUCGGCCUCAACCUCAUCCAGCUCGGCAUCAAGGAAGCAUCUGUUGUCGACAUCAAGCAGACGGUCCUAUACAUCAACUGGCUUUCCAUCAACCAGAAGCUCAGCCCAGAAGAGCAAGCCAAGCGACCUAAGCCACCAGCACUUUGGACCGAUUACAGCAAGUUGACUUUGGUCAAGGCUUUCUCGGAACGCAAUCACGAGAUCGGCGAUCGAGUCGUUUUUAAGACCAAGGAAUUCAAAGACAAGUACGGCGCCAAAACCACUUAUCAUGGAGGACCGCAGCGUCAUCCUGUCGACGUCAUGCUCACCGUCGGCACCAAGACCCAACUCGAAAUCUUGUGGCAGGAUGGAAGCCGUACUAAGGAGUGGGCAUCUGAUAUGGUGCCACAUGUCAACCUCGACGAACACGAGUCCUGGCCAGGCGACUGGAUCUACUGGAAGUCGGACGAGCACGGCAGCGUCCCUCGUGUUGUUCAGAGCAUGGACCCGGCAGAACGCACCGCUGAGCUGCGCAAACCCUUGUCCGAACUUGCAGAGAUCGAAUUGGUCCCAUCACUCGAGAUUGAUGUCCAGGGAGCCGAUCACAGCGUCUUCAGCUUGCACCGCGGCGACUCGGUCAUGAUCUCUGAACGACCCACUGGCUGGGCUGGUCCCUUCUUGACCACCGUUGGUGACCCCCGUCCGGACUAUACCGACAUGAAGAUGCAUGAAGACCUCAUGAACGCCGAGGUCAAUGUCGUUUCCAAGAACAGACGUCCCAACAACGUCGCAAGAUCCGGCGCAACAGCUACCGAUAUCGACUGGUACGGUACUGUCGAAGAGCUCUUGCUCGACGGAAGAUGUCUUGUUCGUCUUCCCUGCGGCAAGACUGUUGUUCAGGAGCUGGACAAGCUCCAGAUUCUUUCCGACUCGCAGUUCGGUAUGCACGAGCAUGCGCAUUUAGACGAGGACGAUCCGUGGAGCUUGGACCCGGACUAUGAGGGUGAGGAUAUGGAUGACGAGUAUGAUUCAGAGGAGGAUACGAUGUGGAUGGACCAGAAUGGCGAGGUUGCUGAUAACAACCUUGGUGACUGGGAGGAUAUGUCGGAUGGUGCACCUGAAGUAGCUGAGAUCCAUCUUGAUGAGCCAUCGAGUAUGGACACGGAUGCAGCUGCUGUUGAUGCUUCUGACGCACUCAAGGUCGCCCCCUCCACUACCAACGGAGAAGGAACGGCAGAGGCUAAGAAGGCAAUGGCAGCUAUCGACUCCGCUGCCGACCAAGAGCUUUCCGCACCCACCGAACUCGCCACAGCCAGCACCAAUAGCCAAUGGAACCAAUUCGCAGUCCUCGAAAGCGCUCCUACCUCCCACGCCUUCUACUCCAAGCCUCUCACCUCCCAGCCCAAUGCCACGUUCUUCAAGCGUCUACAGAAAGAGAUGAAGGCGCUACAGACGUCGCUCCCCGAAACCAUCCUCGUUCGGGCCUAUGAAGAUCGCAGUGACCUUCUCCGCGUGCUCAUCAUCGGGUCGGAAGGUACACCUUAUGAAAACGCGCCAUUUUUGCUCGAUUUUCAGCUGACUUCUGACUUCCCUAACAAGCCUCCCGUUGCGCACUUCCAUUCGUGGACCAACAGUCACGGCAGAGUCUCGCCGAAUCUGUACGAAGAUGGCAAGGUUUGUCUUUCUGUUUUAGGAACAUGGUCUGGUGUGGCGGAGGAGAACUGGACGCCGAGUAAGAGUUCCCUGCUCCAGGUGUUCGUCUCGAUUCAAGCACUGGUGUUGGUGCGGGAGCCGUACUUUACCGAACCAGCCUUCGAAAAGCUCAAAGGCAAAGAGGAGAGUAAGGUCAACUCAAAGCUGUACAACGAAAAGGCCUACAUUCUCUCGCGAGGAUUUGUCAAGAGAGCAUUGGAGAAUCCGCCAGAGGGAUUUGAGACCGAGUUGAAGCUAUUCUAUUACAAAGCGGGUAAUCUCAAAAAGGUGGUGGAUAGGGCCGAUAGGUUGGUUGCUUCUAGUGGCAGCGCAAGUAGUGGUGAUGAAGGCGAGCAAGGGAAGAUGGAUAUGGAGGAUGCAGUGCAGGGAUUGACAAAGGGAGGAGCGAUUAUGCUCGGUCGAACGUUGAAGACGUUGCAUUCGAUGCUGGAGAAGCGUGCUUAA